AUGUCUAAAGAAGCAGCAAGGUCCAGAUUUAUCAAAGUAUUCGAAGGAAUUGUCGAUGAAUUGACGGGUAUUCUCGUUUCCUACAAGAUGCCCCAAGAGGCAAUUACCUGGUUCAAAAACAAUUUAAACUAUAAUACUCCUGGUGGAAAAUUGAAUCGUGGUUUAUCAGUAGUGGACACAUAUGCCAUUUUGAACAACACCACAGCCGACAUGUUGGAUGAUGAGACCUACAAAAAGGUUGCAAUUUUGGGAUGGGCAAUUGAAUUGUUACAAGCAUACUUUUUAGUUGCUGAUGAUAUGAUGGAUCAGUCGAAAACUAGAAGAGGACAGCCAUGCUGGUAUUUGAAGGAAGGUGUUGGAAACAUCGCCAUUAAUGACUCAUUCAUGCUAGAUGGUGCUAUUUACGAAAUUUUGAGAAAGCAUUUCCGUCAAGAUUCCUACUAUGUAGACUUGUUGGAUUUGUUCCAUGAGGUAACUUUCCAAACUGAAUUGGGUCAAUUGUUAGACUUAGUAACCGCCGAUGAAGAACACGUUGAUUUGGACAAGUUCUCCUUGGAAAAGCACUCAUUCAUUGUUAUUUUUAAGACUGCAUACUACUCAUUUUACUUACCCGUUGCUUUGGCUAUGUACAUGUCAGGAAUCAAUGAUGAAAAAGACUUGAGACAAGUCAAGGAUGUUUUAAUUCCUCUUGGUGAGUAUUUCCAAAUUCAAGAUGACUUUUUAGACUGUUUUGGAACUCCCGAACAAAUUGGAAAAAUCGGAACUGAUAUCAAGGACAACAAAUGUUCUUGGGUGGUUAACCAAGCAUUGUUGCAUGCAACCCCAGAACAAAGAAAAUUAUUGGACAACAACUACGGAAAGAAAGAUGACGAGUCAGAAGCCAGGUGUAAACAAUUGUUUAAAGAUAUGGGCAUUGAAAAGAUUUAUCACGAUUACGAAGAAUCAACUGUACAAAAAUUGAGACAACAUAUUGGUCAAAUUGACGAGUCAAGAGGCUUGAAAAAGGAUGUCUUGACUGCAUUUUUGAACAAGGUCUAUAAGAGAUCCAAAUAG